AUGGAUCGCAAAACUAGCGAGGCUCCCCGAGUGGUCGCCGCUGCCAAAGACUACACUGCUCUCACCAAGAGCGAACUUAUCAUCUCGUUUAGCCUCGUCACCUCCCUGUUCUUCCUCUGGGGUCUCAGUUAUGGUCUCCUCGAUGUGCUCAACCAGCACUUCCUGUCCAUUUUCCACCUCAACAAGGUGCAGACGACGCUCUUGCAGUUUGCGUACUUUGUCAGUUACCUGGUGGUCGCGCCGCCAAUGGGUAUCCUCAUGCGCAAGGUCGGCUACAAGGUCGGUAUCCACAUUGGUCUCGGUCUCUUCAGCACUGGUGCUGUCCUCUUCUGGCCCUCUGCAGUGUACGCAAAGUAUGGAAUGUUCGUUGCCUUUACCUUUGUCGCCGCCAGUGGACUGGCUACACUCGAGGUCGCUGCCAACACGUACAUUGUCGUGCUUGGUCCUCCCAAGCAUGCGGCCUACCGCCUCACGUUUGCCCAGUCGUUCAACGGCAUCGCGACAGUUAUCGGCCCCAUCAUCGCCGCCCACACCUUCUUCAACGGCGCCAACGCCACCAAGCUCGACACGGUCCAGUACGUCUACCUCUCUCUGGCCGUCUUUGCCCUCCUCCUCAACAUUGGCCUGUACUUUUGUAAACUCCCCGAGGUGGCGCAGGGUGUCACCGACGAGCAAGAGGAGCAGAUGCGCAAGGAGGGUCUCAAGGGCUUCCUGAAGCACUACCACACCAUCUUUGGCUUUGUGGCAGAGUUCUUCUAUGUCGGCGCACAGGUCGCGGUGGCUUCGUUUGCCGUCUUCUACCUCACCGAGCAGCCCGGUAUUGAGCCCCCUUACUCGACAGCAAUGGCAUCGAACCUCUUCAGCGCUUGCCAGGCCGUUUUCACCAUCGGACGGUUCAUCGGCGUGGGCUACCUUCGCUUCAUUGACCCUGCGUUCGCCCUGUUCGUCCAUGGCGUUGGCCUCAUGAUCUUCUGUAUCCUCACCGCCACCAUCGACGGCAGGGGCGGCAUCGCGUGCCUCUUCAUGGUCUUCCUCUUCGAGUCGGUCUGCUACCCCGUCAUCUUCUCCAUCGCCACCUCCAACUUGGGCUCGUACGCCAAGUUUGGCGGAGGCCUGAUCGCCAUGGGAGUCAGUGGUGGCGCGUGGUACCCCUCUGCGCAAGGCGCCGUGGCGGACGCCAAGGGAACGCAAAUCUCCUACAUGAUCCCCUUUACGGGAUUCGUGCCGCUCAUGCUCUACGGUCUGGUCAUGUGGGCGAUCAAGUGCCGCCGCCACAACAAGUGGUCCGUCAUGGUCCGCGACCUCGACGGAUCCGACCAGGCCAUUAUUGAGGAGGACCUCCGUAAGCACUCUCAGGCCGCGGGCGAGCUUGGGCCCGGCCCCAACCGUGAGACCGAGGAGGAGAAGGCGGACGAGGAGUUUGUCGACCUGCAGUACGCUUCGCCCAUUCGUUCCAGCUCGUAG